CUUUUUUCAUUAAUAUCACCUAUCAUGUAAAAGACCACUCUUCAUUAUUCAUAUUCAGGUAAUUAAGUGCAAUAAUAUUUUGAAUAUAGAUUUACUGUAGAAGUAGACCUAAUUUGAUAAUGCCAAAUUUGGAAUUUAGAUUGAUAAGGAAAACUCAUAUGCUGUAUUAUAAAAGAAGAAAUAACUUUAAAAUAGAGAUACUAACAACCAAUCUUAAUAAAAGACUGAUUUUCGUUUAAAUAGUGGUAUGCAGAAAUCAUUAUCUGUUUAAUAAUUUUAUAGAGCAUCAUCAGCAAAUGAUAAAAAUUCUUACUAAAACCAAAAGAAUACAUAUUCUUAUUUAAAAGACAUGAAAAAUUCAUCAUAUAUUUAAUAACUUUAGUAAAGUAGUUAUUAAUAACGUCAUAUAUCAUCUAAAUAAGUUAAAGAGUAGAUUGGUAAGUUAACUGAUUAAGGAUCUAAUUAUUAGUUAAAAUUAAAUACUCUUGAAAAUUAUGAUGAAAAGAAGCCAAACUUAAAAUUAAUGAAAAACUAUUUAGAUAAAUAAAAAAAUAAAGAAUCCAAGGAUUCACCAGAAUUUAGCAAUCAAUAAUUUUUGGAUAAUAAAACAGAAAGAAACAAAUAAAAAUAACAAGGCUUGUUGUCUAAAUAUUUCCCUAUGUAAGUGAAUGAAUUAAAUAAUGAUAAAAAUACAGAUUAGUAGAAAUCAGCAAGGGAUAUAAAUUAAAUUUAUAACAUUUAUACAUAAAUCAAAGAUAUUAAAAAUUAUGAUACAAAUUCAAUUAAGUAAACUUAAGAAAGGAAAGGAAUGCAACUUAAAGAUUUUGUAACUUAGUUAAAUGGAAAUAAUAUGAAGACUUAAAAAAAUUAACUCAUAAAUAGUAUACUUAUAAAGUCUGAUAGAUAAUAAUCAAAUGAAAUAAAAUAGACUCAUUUUAAUAAGAUUAGUGAGACUUAAUAAAGUGAAUCUGUAAAUUAUUUAUCAUAGUUAGUUCCUAUAUUAUAUAUCUUCGGUUAUAUAAUCUUUAAGGAAGUAAGAACCAAAUAAAAAUGAUGACAGAAUAAGAGAUCACUUUUAAUAAACCUUCUAAGUAAAAACAGAGAUUUAUUAAAGGGUUUAUUAUUUGCAAGUUAACUUGAUUUAAAUUUUGAUGAAGAAAAGAUUGUGAAUCUUCCAAGAGCUAAUAAUUUAAAAACAAUUAUAUUUGAUUUAGAUGAGACAUUGAUUCAUUGUAAUGAAAAUACUUAAAUGGUUGGUGAUGUCAUUCUUCCAAUUACAUUUCCAAAUGGAGAAACAGUUCAAGCAUCAAUAAAUAUAAGACCUUAUGCUUAGAAAGUGCUUUAGACACUCUCUAAACAUUUUGAAAUAAUUAUUUUUACUGCAUCACAUUCAAGUUAUGCAAAUAUUGUGAUUGAUUAUUUGGAUCCUAAAAAAUAAUGGAUUUCUCACAGACUUUUUAGGGAAAAUUGUUUACAAACUACUGAAGGAGCUUAUGUAAAAGAUUUAAGGUAAAGAAUAUAUAUUUUUAGAGUAUUAGGAAAUAGGAAAUUAUCAAAUGUGCUUCUAGUAGACAAUGCUUCUUACUCUUUUGGAUAAUAGAUUGAGAAUGGAGUACCAAUUAUUUCUUUUUAUGAUAAUUAUGAUGAUUAAGAACUUUUGCAUUUAUAAAAUUAUCUAUUGAGUUUUAGAUAUUUAAAGGAUAUGAGAGAUUUAAAUUAAAGAAUGCUAAAAUUAAAUUAAUUUACAAAAUAUUAAGAUAUUAAUGAAAUACUAUCAGGUUUAUUUGCUAUUUACAUUUGA